UGGCGCCGCUCGGAAGGGCGCCACACAUCCACUUAUGUGUGGCGCCCGCGCCCGCCCCAGCCCGAGCUCUCCUCUCUUCUCCUCUCUGUUCUGGCGCAAGAAGAAGGCGGCCCGGCGGUUCCUACUCCUCCCCCCCUCUCCCCCCCACCAAAUCCACCACCAAAUCAUCAGAUCUGCCCGGCCAAUCUCUUCCCAAUCCCUUCCUCAAGGAUGGUGUGGCUCCUAGAUCAAGAGUAUGACAGGGAUCACCGGGCUUUUCAUAUGACGGAGAGGAGAAGGGUUCUUCACCCCUUGAAGAUUCGUUACCACGGCACAGUAAGUGAAAUGCCGUAUGACGAGAGGUACACGGAAUUCAUCCAGCCUACCGGUCUUCUCCCGUUCAUCACGCUUGUAAGCCGGGGGGGAGGCCGAACAUGAACACCGCGGCACUCACCGCCCUUGUCGACCGGUGGAGGCCGGAGACGCACACCUUCCACUUGAGAGCCGGCGAGAUGACCCCUACUCUUCAAAAUGUCUGCUAGAGAAAGUACUAACCAAAUGUCUUAUGUACGCAGUUGGACGAAGGUUGUCGCAGGACUGGGAGCGGCGGUAUUGGUGGAUGCUUGCUCCUACUUUCCGUAUGGAGCUGGGACCGCCUAUCAGUUGGGCGGCCCAGGAUACUCAACGCGAGGCCAUGGCCUCAUUACCGGAACAACCCUUAUCGGGAGCCCACUUGGGCAUACCUUUGGGACAAUGUCUCGGAGAUGACGAGCGAUCCAAUGGUCAUGUACAGGCACUACACUGAGGAGUUGGACACUCUUACCGCUGAGCAGGUAACCUUUCUGAAGCCAUCACUCUUUUGCAAUCCUAUUUCAUACAUUUCAUUGGCGUGUUGUAAAUUUUGAAAUAUUUGUAUGCUGCAGGUGGAUUGGGAGCCAUAUGGUACCUAUUACCGUAUUGGCGCGGCGAUGACUGACCUCAACCCCAAGUGCUUGGAGGAGGCGGGUUUCUGGCGUAUGCGGUGCCCACUCAUAUGCAUGUGGGCGGUUGAAUACCACCAGCUGCACAGAGUGAUGAGACAGUUCGGGUUGUAUCAGGAGUGCCCACCUGAGUGGCAAGACACGGACCACGCGCUCCAUAGGCUUGAUAGGCAGCGGCAGAGGAAGAUCACGAAUUGGCCUGUCCAUCAUAGGAUUCACGUGACAAUGUUCCAACACUGUUUGGAAGCAAUACGGAAUGGUGGACAUGUCGAGAUUGUCCCUCACGACUUGGCCGCUUUCAACAACUAUCUCCAAUGGUUUCAUCAAAGCACGCGUAUCGAGUUAGUGAACCACGCGUAUGAUGACGACAUCUUGGACGACCCCAUCGAGUUCGAUGAGGUUGCGCAAAGCCAGUACGACAUGACUGCUUGACAAGGGAGAUCGACUUCUAUUGCUUCCUCU